AUAAAACCUCAGAUCACACUUUCCCCGCUCAGGUUGCCUGUGUGAGGUGCAGGGAGUUGAGGUCUGGACGAUACAGGGAACCGGAGGCAAUUAAGAAAAUUCAGCACCAACAUGAUGUUCCUACUGACCAUUGCCUUCUUGUGUGUCACCUCUGGGGUUCUGGCUCAGAACAAUAACAACAAUGUUCCAAGUGAGAAUUUGGCGCUCCAAGGUCGGGCGACUCAAUCUUCUAUAUACUACUAUUUCGCCUAUGGCUACUUAGCGGCGGCUAUUAAUGCCAUUGAUGGAAACAUGGAUGCCAACUUCCAACACGGAUCAUGUUCCAGCACCAAUAACGACAUGUCCCCCUGGUGGCGGGUGGAUUUACUGGACUCCUAUCAAAUAUCCCAGGUGGUUGUGACAAACAGGGGUGACUGUUGCGGAAAUUUGAUUAACGGAGCUCAGAUCCUCAUUGGGGAUACAAUGGAAAACAAUGGCAAUAACAAUCCCAGCUGCGCAGAAAUCUAUUCCAUGCAGAAUGGGGAAACUCAGUCCUUCGAGUGCAACGGGAUGGUAGGCCGCUUCGUUAACAUCAUUAUACCAGGGCAACAACAGUAUCUUACGCUGUGCGAAGUUCAGAUCUAUGGUCAGCCGGUGUCCAAGGGGUCUUCUUCUUAAACACGAUCAUGGAUGAAAAAUAAAAAUUUAAGCAAUAAUGAUAAUCCUUUAUAUAAAUGCAUAAAAUAAUAAAAAAAUUCCAUUUCCACAAAUUUCCAAGUUUUUCCAUGGAAAACAUUUAUUCCAAAAAUAAAAGGCUACAGCACAGGGUUAGAUGGAAUCACUACACCAGCCUUGUCCAUCCUCUCUUGGUGUUACUGUACUACAACUUCCACAAUUCAUGUCUAUCUCUCCUCUGUGUAAUGAUAUAUGUGAUUUUUUUUUUUUGGAAUUUAAUAUUAAUGCUGGAAACUUGUGACCCAUUAAAACUUUCAAAAUUA